ACCCGCGCCUGGCUGCUGGGCGGUGGCACCGGAGGGACCCCGAGCUGCAGGCUUUCCGGGGCGCCAUGAGCUGCAUCAACCUGCCCACCGUGCUUCCCGGCUCCCCCAGCAAGACCCGGGGGCAGAUUCAGGUGAUUCUAGGACCCAUGUUCUCAGGAAAAAGUACGGAGCUGAUGCGAAGGGUCCGCCGCUUCCAGGUUGCCCAGUACAAGUGCUUGGUGAUCAAGUACGCCAAGGACACUCGGUACAGCAGCAGCUUCUCCACGCAUGACCGGAACACCAUGGAGGCACUGCCAGCCUGCCUGCUCCGGGACGUGGCUCAGGAGGCCCUGGGGGCGGCUGUCAUAGGCAUCGACGAAGGGCAGUUUUUCCCAGACAUCGUGGAGUUCAGCGAGACUAUGGCCAACGCCGGGAAGACCGUGAUCGUGGCCGCACUGGACGGGACCUUCCAGAGGAAGGCCUUUGGGACCAUCCUGAACCUGGUGCCCCUGGCGGAGAGCGUGGUGAAGCUGACGGCGGUGUGCAUGGAGUGCUUCCGGGAGGCCGCGUACACCAAGCGGCUAGGCUCGGAGAAAGAGGUAGCGCGCACCUGCCUGCCCGGGGGCGCGGGGUGGGGAGAGGCCCGCAGGCGCCGUGCCCCGCCUCAGUCCGCGCCCUCUGCGUCCCGCGGCCAGGUGGAGGUGAUUGGAGGCGCGGACAAAUACCACUCCGUGUGCCGCCUCUGCUACUUCAAGAAGGCCUCGGGCCUGCCCGCCGCGCCGGACGGCAAGGAGAACAAGGAGAACUGCCCGGUGCUGGUGCCCGCAAAGCCCGCGGAGGCGGCGGGAGCCCGGAAGCUCUUUGCUCCGCAUCAGGUCCUGCAGUGCAGCCCCGCCAACUGAGGCUCCCGGCCCGCGCCGGCCGCCCCGCCCCCCGCCGGCCGCCCCGCCCCCCGCCGGCCGCCCCGCCCCCCGCCGGCCGCCCCGCCCCGCCCCCGCGCCCCCCGCUGGCAGCCGCGCGGCCCGCCCCGAGGAGGAAGUGGGGGCGGGGCGAAGACGGGACUUUCUGCUUCCCGCCGUGCGGGUCUCGGCCGGAGGUCUACGCGUCCCGGUUCCCCCUUCCCUGGUUCCCUUCCCGGCCGCCGGUCCCCUCACGAGCUAGCGCCCGGCCGCCGCAGUCAGCCCCGCCCCCACCCUCCGGGGGCAGGGGCGGAACCACACACUGCGGCGACUUUGGCGCCCAUGGCUUCUUCCCCCUUGUGGCUUUCGCCCUUGAGUUUCUGUUCUCACUGGGAAGUCCGUGCGCCAGUACCUCCCGCGCAGACCCAGCCUCGGCCCACGCAGAGGUUUCUGUCUCUGCUUGGGACUGACUCCCGGCCCCCAAGGGUGGCUGGACUUGGGUCCUCCUGCUGCCUACACCCCCGUGAUCAUUUUCUCCGGAAUUACAGCUUCUCUCACACGGGAGACCCUUAGCCUGAUGGGGCUCAGGUCCCAGGGGCUUCUCUUUUAAAGCGGGGGGGGGGGGGGGGGGGGAGGUGCUAGGGGAAGAGGUGGCUCAGGUUAGGAUCUAUGGUUCUGUUGUAGCCUGUGAAUUAAUAACUAAUAUUAAAAUUUACUGGUUGGUGAAA